AUGUCGAUGGCAACUUUCAGUGGAAAACGGUACUUCGUGACAUUCAUUGAUGACAAGUCAAGAUACUGUGUCGUCUAUCUGCUCAAGAGCAAAUCUGAAGUUGCGGCGAAGUUCAUGGAAUACGCUGCGAUGGCCGAAACGCAAACCGGAAAGCGCGUGAAGUACCUUCAAAGCGACAAUGGGGGUGAAUACAAGUCCGACAAGCUGGCACGAUUCUGCGCGGAACGGGGAAUACAACAAAGGUUCACACCCCCAUAUACUCCUCAGCUAAACGGAGUAGCUGAGAGAAUGAAUCGCACGCUGGUCGAGUGUGCGCGUUGCAUGAUGGAACACGCUGGACUGGGAAAGAGCUACUGGGGUGAAGCAGUGAUGACGGCGAUGUUUCUUCGAAACCGCUGUCCAACACGUGCCAUUCACCAAGACAAGUCUCCAUAUCAAGUGUGGACGAUGAAGAAACCGAUUCUGGCCAACCUUAAAGUGUUUGGAUGCCACGCGUAUGUUCAAGUGCCUCAAGACAAACGCGCGAAGUUCGACUCCAAGUCAUCACUCUGUCGUUUCCUGGGAUACGCCGAACACCAGAAGUCAUAUCGAUUUGAGGAAGUGUCAACAGGAGCGAUCAAGAUCAGUCGCGAUGCCACAUUCAUGGAAGACAAGUUUGAUGAAGGUCCGCGCAACUACAACGAUGAGUCAAGUGUCGUUGAGUUUGAUGAUCAUGAUGAGGACGAAGAAAAAGAAGAAGGUAAAACUGACGACGACAUGGACUCGAGCGACGAUGACAACGAAGACACCAGGUCUUCGAAGAGCAAACAUCAAGAGACACACGCGCACUCAAUCACUUGA